UUGUCUGAAAACUUCAGGAGCUUGACAGAGGGAUCCUUUGCAGUGCAGUCAUUUGUGUAGAAGGAGAAGAGCAGUGGAGAGAGAACGCAUCCCUGAGGAGAUCCAGUGCUAAUAGUGAGGGUCCCGGUUGUGAGUUUCCCCAGUCUCACUAGCUGCUGCCUAUCUGUCAGAAAGUUGGUGAUCCAUCGACAGAUUAGGGUGGGCACAAGGUGUUGCAGGAUAUAAUGCAGUCCCGUAUUGACAGCAUCAUCCACAGACCUGUUUGCUCGGUAUACAAACUGAAGGGGGUCCAGCAAGGGUCCAGUGAUGUCCUUCAGAAUGAUGGUGGAGCAUUUGAAGCAGCAGGAAACUUCACACUGCUCCAGUCAUCUAUUGAAGAUGGAGGACAGCUGGUCAGUGCAGACUUUCAGACAAGCAGUAAAAGGAGCUUGGUGCAAAAUGUCUACACCAAUAUACUACUCAUGUAUGAUGAGUUGAUGGAAGACCAUUUGUUUGAAAUUAAAGUGUUCUCACCAUCCGAAACAAAUCUUGCAGAGCAACAGUUGACACUUCUUUCAGUGAUGAACACUCUAUGUUCGUCUUGGAAUAAAAAUAAGAAGAAAAAGGAAAAAUUCAAAGUAGUAGAAAGUUUUGAAAUAAUGCUAAAUUAUAUAAUUCCAGAAAGAAAUGGUAAUUCCAUAGAAUAUAUUGAAAAGGUUUGUGCCGAUCACAGCUGUACAGGUGGUUACAAAACAAAUUAUGUGAACAAAACCAUCUUUGGGCAAAUGUACCUACAAUCUUGCAACGAAUCAUUAUCAGCUCUAAAAUGCCCAUCAAAAGAGAGGACAACAAGUUCACCACCAAGAAUCAAGCAAACCAUCACUGUAUUUGAAUAUUUGUCAACCACUCCAUCAGCAAAAACCAUUCAUCAAACCAUCAAUCUGUCAACCACUCCAUCAGCAACUACCAUUCAUCAAACCAUGAAUCACCAAAUAGAAAAUAAAACACAGAUGCAGGAAAUGUUGUCUACAGUUAAUUCAUACAAUUGGAGCCUUGCUGUCUCUCUACUACUGAAUAUCCUUCUACUCUUUUGUGUGUGGUACCUGUACAGGAUAAUAAAAGUAAUGAAGGGAAACGUUUCACAGGAAAAUAUUACCACAGAGAUGGGACCCUUACAGAUUGUAGAGGUAGAUGUCUGAUUUAGGUAAUACCAGCUUUUGUAGUUUUUCCGGACAGGGAUACAAUGUUCAUAUGUACAGUGUCAGUAACAAGCUUUAACGACAGCUUUCACAACUGUCUAUACCAUUAUGAAAUGUCAUUCUGUGCACAUACUGUAGCAUUCCAUAUCAGUAAAGUAGAAUGAUGACAUUAUUGGUUUUCUUGUCAUUAAAAACUUCUUCCUUUUUCCUGUUCUCCUUCCAUGAUGAUUCCUAUAAUACCAGUCUGAAACACGUCUGCGGUUUUUGAGAAGGGUGAAUCUGGGUUGUUUCCCAACUUGUUCCAGUUCAUCACAGUCACUGUCUGCCCCUGCGUAUGGAAACUGAAGUCCUGUGGAGUUUUUCUUCCAGAUUCUACAUACAACCUACUACAUAAGAUCUUUGCAUGUCAUAGUGUUAUUUUUGAAUCUGUCAUUGACAAUAUCUCAGGGUUUCCGCAGGUCUUAAAAAGUCUUAAUUCGCCCUUCUGCAAAAUAAGGCCUUAAAAAGGUCUUAAAUCGAAGCAACAAGUCUUUAAUUCAUAAGGUCAUGGCAUUAAAUGUUGUAUGAGGGAUUGUUUUCUCGUUGCGGGAUUGUUUUCUCAUUGCAUUUAGUAGGGUGACCAGGCGUCCCAUUUUGAAGAGGUGUGUCCCGGUGUCCCGACAAUUCUCGAAACAUUGUAAUUAUGUCCUGGUUUAAUGUUCAUUUCCCCACAAGCACGGAGGUAAAUCAGACAAUGUCACACUUAGACAGCUACACUGCACUUUUUACGUAGUACAAGCACUUAUAUUUCAGAUGGGGGGGUUGUAUUUUGAAUUUUUGGUUACAAUGUUGUGAAUUUUUGUGAAGUCAUUUCAUAAUUACACAUGCAAUAUGACAUCAUAUGGAUAGGAUAGGCUACAUGGAAUUUGUACAUGAAAAAAAGCUAAAAUGUAGAUAAAUCAUGAAAAAACUAAAAACCAUACAUUUUUACAAACUAUAUAGGCUAUACAGUUAAGUGCAGAAGUUUGCAUAACCCUUUUGUUUUUAUAAGUUUCCAUACCCCUUUCAGAAUGUAUACAAAUAACCUGUAGUACUGUCCUUCAAAAGCUACACAACACAAAAUGUACUCUUAUUUACACAAAUCCUGUUCAAAAGUGUGCACCCCUUGGUUCUUCUUAUGAUGCCUUCUUGAGCAUCAGUAAUUGUUUGCACCUUUUGUAAUAGUUGUGUAUUAGUAAUCUGGACCUCAUAUAUAGCCACUGUUGGGAAGAACUCAUAUGUGCAGAAGAAUAAUUUUACUGUAGUUGGGUUUCUUCACUGCUCAGGACAAAGCAGGGAUUCGUGAACAAUUAUUACACAAACAGUCAUUGAUCAUCAAGAAAGCAACACACCAUAUUAGAAACCAAGGGAAUGUAAACUUCUUAACAGGAUCAUGUGUGUAAAUUCAGUUACUAUUUUGUUGUGUGGAAUAUAUGUGAGGAUGUGUUAUGUCAAAUAGCUUCUUCGGGGCAGUACUAAAUAAAAACAAAAUGCCACACACACACACACACACACACACACACACACACACACACAUUGAUUCCUUACAUUUUCUUUAGUUGGUCUUAAAAAAGGUCUUAAAUUUAGCUUCAUAAAACCUGCAGAAACCCUGAUCAUCCACACUAAUGCAGCUUAUUAACAUGCACAAACAAAUUCACCCAAGUGGUGUUAUUUUCCAUUUUGAAACUGGGAGUCCUGAAUUUCCCUUGUGCAUGAAUAAAACACUUGUUGUAUUAAGCUUCAUGACUUUUAAUUAAUCAAGUGUGUACCGUGAUGAGCCUGUAGUUAAACAUAAAGUUAAAUUAAAUAUGUGUCCCUUUCAACACUUGGGUGAAGAGACAGAACUGUUCAUUUCUGUUUGGUUGUGCCAGUGAAUUUCUCUUGAAAAUUAAAAAGGGGAAGGGAAAUUAUACUCACAGGAAAAUACUGAUAUGCCAAAUGUAAAAUAUACUGCCUUUUUCAGCAGCUAUUUUUUAAUUUAAUGUAAUUUGUAUUAUAUGUAUUGUUAUAUUAUACUUUAUUGUUGCAAAAUACACCCAUUAAAUAAGUCUAAUUUUAAAGGAUUA